AUGCCAGAAAGACAACCACAAACACAGCUGCAAACGCAGACGCAGGUAACAGCGCCCGCUCCAGUUUUACAGCUUCGACCUAAAAGCGAAAAAGAGAAGCAGAAGAAGAAAUCAAGGAGUAAAGUGCAUUGGACAGACGAUGUAGUUGAUAAUGAGCACAUGAACAAGAAAAAGUCCAAGAUUUGUUGCAUUUUCCACCCACAGAGAGAGUUUGGUGAAUGCUCCAGUGACAGCGAUAGUGGGCUGAGUGAUUCGUCAUCAGAUGAAAGCGGCGAUGAGAGGGGCCGUCCUUGCAACCAUAAUCAUGACCACGACGAAGAGCAUAACCAUAACCACGGCAAAAAGAAGGCAAGGGAGUCGAGUCCCAACGCCUACGAGAAGCAGCCACACUAUAAGAAUCUAAGUAAAGUUCCUGAGGACUCAUAG